UGAACCGCUACAAUUGGAUAUUGGAAGCUAUUUGAGCGCGUAGUCGCCUUCAGGGUCGUUUACAGUACGAAGUACAUAGUCUAAUUUGAGAUAUUUCUUGACACUUUUCUUCACGAUAUCUUUCUAAUGGUGUCCGGAUCAUUAAGCAGCUUUUCUUCCGCAGUCAACAAAACUGCAGGAUCUGCAAAUGCAUUAUGCGAACUUGUAGAAAAGUCUCAAGACUUUCUGAUUCGUAAUGUUCACUCAUUAGACUUUAUUUUGGAUGACUUUGAUAUUACUAAAUUCGGGAUUUUACAUGCAGCUGUAAUACAUGCCAAAUAUAUUUCACAGUCAGUUGUUGAUAAAGAGUGGCUAGUAAUCCAGACUCAAAACCUCUUCAAUCUCUGUAACUCAGAGUCUUUGCAAAAAAUUCCAUCUUAUGUCCGUGUAAUUUCACAUGAAUUUACGAACUGCCUGAUUAAUAUGGGGAUUCCACACAAGGGAAUCAGUUGUACGCUCACUGCUAUUCAAAAACUUCAGAAAUGUCCGGGAUAUCUUACUCCACUACACUGUGAUCUAUGUCAGCUUGGAUUGGCUGCUAAAAUGUUUAGUCCCACUCUUCCAAUUCUCGAUAUUGACAUUUUAGAAAUUGAUAAGAGCAGUACAGCCCUUGAAGCUAAAGAUUAUCUCCUAUACUUUUACUAUGGAGGGAUGAUUUAUGGCGCAGUAAAGAAUUGGGAAAGAAGCCUACACUUCUUUGAAUUGUGUUUAAUUAUCCCUGCCGUAUCAUCAAGCUGUAUUCUGAUUGAAGCUGCAAAAAAGAUAAUAUUAAUCUCCUUGAUACUACAUGGGAAAUUCAGUACAGUUCUUGAAACUCCGGUUGCAUAUUUCAUGUCUCCAAGGCCUUGGAAAUGCUACUGUCAACCAUAUUUAGAACUAGCAACAGCAUUUCGAUCUAACAAUCCUGAGGACUUAACUAAUUUUGUUGAUCUUCACCGAGAAUUAUUCACAGCUGAUUUCAACUUCGGACUUGUAAAACAAGUGAUAAAGUGCCAUGGAAAAUUUCGUAUCCAGAGCUUAACAAAAACUUUUAUGACACUAUCCCUGACCGAUGUUGCCAUGCGUAUAAAACUUUCGGGAACCCAAGAAGCGGAAAAACAGAUCUUAGAUAUGAUUAAGUCAAAAGCAAUUUUUGCAAACAUUGAUCAACAAAGUGGGACUGUUCAUUUCCUGGAUGAUCCCGAGCAGUAUGACUCGAUCAAAAUGCUUCGAAUUCUUCAGGAUAAAAUAACAGAAUGUGUGAAUUUGGAGAAGCAUUUUAUGCAGUUAACUGACCGGCUAGUGACAAAUCCAAACUAUGCUAAACGAAUGAUCGAGCUGGAAACCAAGGCAGCGAAAUCUGCGGGCCAGUAUUGAACGAGAACAAAAACGAAGAAGGGUGUUGCUUGCAUUUUUAUUCAGUACUUGUGAAUUUAGCGUGCCUUCCUGAAAUGGGAAAUAAAAUUAAAAAGUUAAUACGCUUAAAUAUCUACUUCAUUGCAAUAUUUUUGUGCAGUGUCUUUACACAACUCAGAAUAUUCUUUAAAUACGUGCAUCAAAGAAAACGUAGAGUUUAGAAAUAAUGCUAGACAAGUCAUAAUUAAGAUGCUGACGACAUCUAAUAUUUUUGGGACUUAACGGUCGAAAUCAAUUUACAAGUGGGUAGAAAACUUGUACCCGUGCCUUUGAAACUAGUCGAGUAGCUUGUUCAAUCUGGUUAUUGUAUCAGUACCGAUGAUUUAAACGUGUAUACUGAAUUUGAAUAAUACUAAAUAAUAGUAGUGUGAUGCAAAGAUUUUCAAAUCAUUUCAAAGGAAAGCGACAAUCGGUAUUGUAGAGGAUAAUAUCGAUAUUUACAGGUCUUUAUAUCAUUCGUUUAGAAGAUCUGUUGAAAAGCUUUAUUGUUAACUGACAUUC